GCAUGCGUCAUAGCAUGCAAUUAAUAAUCCAUUCGACAGCUGAUUUCGUGUUGAACGAGCUAGGACGAGUACUUGUGAAUCUCUCAAAUAUUGUUCCAGCUGGUAUUGUGUGCUUCUUAACCUCCUACGGAUAUGAAAAAACGGUGAUCAAUCAUUUGGAAAAGACUGGAGUUUUGGAGAAAAUCGCUGUCAAAAAGAAG